CCAAGCUGUGACGGCUGUAGGGCGGAAGUGCCUGUAAUUACGUUAGUAUUUUUUACUCCAAUAGGAAUGGAACAAUUACAAUCCUCUAAUUUGCAUAACACCCUUAUAAAUAGGGGGGGCAGGCGCCAUUUUCGGUGUUGUUGAGGUACAGUGAAGACCUUGGAAAGAAACUUUUAAGGAUGCCCGAGCCGGCGAAAUCCGCUCCAGCACCGAAAAAAGGCUCCAAGAAAGCCGUCACCAAGACGCAGAAGAAGGGCGACAAGAAGCGAAAGAGAACAAGAAAGGAGAGCUACUCGAUCUACGUGUACAAGGUGCUGAAGCAGGUGCACCCCGACACGGGCAUCUCGUCCAAGGCCAUGGGCAUCAUGAACUCCUUCGUCAACGACAUCUUCGAGCGCAUCGCCGGCGAGGCCUCGCGCCUGGCGCACUACAACAAGCGCUCCACCAUCACCUCGCGGGAGAUCCAGACGGCCGUGCGGCUCCUGCUGCCCGGCGAGCUGGCCAAGCACGCCGUCUCCGAGGGCACCAAGGCCGUCACCAAGUACACCAGCUCCAAGUAGAGCGUCUCCCGGAUCCACAGUUCUAACCCAAAGGCUCUUUUAAGAGCCACCCACAUACUCCUUGAAAGAGCUUUAACACAGUAAUGUCUUGGGUCUUAUGUGUGAAAUUGUACUUAAGAAACGCUAAAUAGAAUUUGCAGUCUGUUAAAUCACAUUUAUCAUAGCUUGCGAGCAUUAACUGUUUCUGAAAUCCUUCGUGAAUAUUUUACAGCUUCAAGUGAAUUCAAAUGUGUUAACUAUUACUUAAUGACUUAACAUUCAAAUAGUCUUCCAAUAAACGUAAGCAGUAUU